UCGACAAUCCUCUCCCACCAACAAAACACCAAGAUGGCCGAGCAACUUGUGCUGCGGGGCACCCUUGAGGGCCACUCCGGAUGGGUUACGUCGCUGGCCACCUCCCUCGAGAACCCGAACAUGCUUCUGUCCGGUUCUCGCGACAAGUCGCUCAUCAUCUGGAACCUCACCCGCGACGAGCAGGCUUACGGCUACCCCAAGCGCAGCCUCCACGGUCACUCCCACAUCGUUUCCGACUGCGUCAUCUCCUCUGACGGUGCCUACGCUCUUUCCUCCUCCUGGGACAAGACCCUCCGUCUGUGGGAGCUCUCCACCGGUGUCACCACCAGGAGAUUCGUCGGCCACACCAACGAUGUCCUCUCCGUCUCCUUCUCCGCCGACAACCGCCAGAUCGUCUCCGGCUCGCGCGACAGGACCAUCAAGCUCUGGAACACCCUCGGUGACUGCAAGUACACCAUCACCGACAAGGGCCACACCGAGUGGGUUUCCUGCGUGAGGUUCUCCCCGAACCCCCAGAACCCCGUCAUUGUCUCUGCUGGCUGGGACAAGUUCGUCAAGGUUUGGGAGCUCGCUUCCUGCCGCAUCCAGACCGACCACAUCGGUCACACCGGCUACAUCAACACCGUCACCAUCUCCCCCGACGGUUCCCUGUGCGCCUCCGGUGGCAAGGACGGCACCACCAUGCUCUGGGACCUGAACGAGUCCAAGCACCUCUACUCUCUCACCGCCGGUGACGAGAUCCACGCCCUCGUCUUCUCCCCCAACCGCUACUGGCUGUGCGCUGCCACCGCCAGCUCCAUCAUCAUCUUCGACCUCGAGAAGAAGAGCAAGGUUGACGAGCUCAAGCCCGAGUACGUCGAGGUUGGCAAGAAGAGCCGCGAGCCCGAGUGUAUCUCUCUGGCUUGGUCGGCGGAUGGCCAGACCCUGUUCGCCGGUUACACCGACAACAAGAUCCGUGCCUGGGGUGUCAUGAGCAGGGCUUAA